UUGUGGUUGCUGGACGCUGAUCCAGGGGCAGAUCCGGAUCCAGAGGCAGAUCCUGAUCCAGAGGCAGAUCCCGAUCCAGAGGCAGAUCCUGAUCCAGAGGCAGAUCCUGAUCCAGAGGCAGAUCCGGAUCCAGAGGCAGAUCCUGAUCCAGAGGCAGAUCCUGAUCCAGAGGCAGAUCCUGAGCCAGAGGCAGACCCCGAUCCAGAGGCAGAUCCUGAACCAGAGGCAGAUCCGGAUCCUGAUCCAGAGCUAGAAGAUGCACUGCCGUACUUGCAGCCUGCGUGGUACGGGUAGUCGCAGGUUU